CUUCCGGCCCGGGAAGGCGGUUAGAGGCGGGCGGGCGGGCGGCUUUGAAGCGGGCUCACCCCCACCCCCGCCGCCGCGGCCUGGCUCUGGCCCCCGGCUGCGGUUCUGCGCGAGGCCGCGGGGUCAGGGGAGCCGGGCAGGCCGCGCUGGGGCCGGGCUGCCCCCCCAGCUCCGCCCUCGGCCAGGCUCCCCCGGGCUCCGGCUGACGCCGGCCGCUGCCUCGGGCACUGGAGCCGCCGGGCACGGGGCCGCGCGGCUGCUCUCCGGGGCCCGCCAUGAAUUUCUCGGAGGCGUUCAAGCUCUCCGGCCUGCUGUGCACCUCCUCGCCCGACGGGAAGUACCUGGCUUCGUGUGUGCAGUACCGUUUGAUAGUUCGAGAUGUGAACAACCUCCAGAUCCUUCAGCUGUACACUUGCCUGGAUCAGAUCCAGUACAUAGAAUGGUCGUCGGACUCUCUCUUUAUAUUAUGUGCCAUGUACAAACGAGGGAUUGUUCAGGUCUGGUCCUUGGAGCAGCCAGACUGGCACUGCAAGAUUGAUGAGGGGUCAGCAGGAUUGGUGGCUUCGUGCUGGAGUCCGGAUGGUCGUCAUAUUCUCAAUACAACCGAGUUUUACCUGCGGAUAACUGUCUGGUCCUUGUGUACAAAAUCUGUGUCUUAUAUCAAGUAUCCCAAAGCUUGUCAGCACGGAAUAGCCUUCACGAAGGAUGGUCGCUAUAUGGCGUUAGCAGAGAGGCGUGACUGCAAAGACUUCAUUAGCCUCUUUGUAUGCAGUGACUGGCAACUACUGAGGCAUUUUGACACUGAAACUCAAGACCUAUCUGGGAUUGAAUGGGCUCCUAAUGGCUGUGUGUUGGCAGUGUGGGAUACCUGUCUGGAGUAUAAAAUCUUGCUGUACUCCCUUGAUGGCCGUCUGCUCUCCACAUACAGUGCAUAUGAAUGGUCACUGGGUAUUAAAUCAAUUGCCUGGAGUCCUAGCAGUCAGUUCUUGGCGAUUGGCAGCUAUGAUGAAAAGGUGCGUAUCCUGAAUCAUGUGACUUGGAAGAAGAUUACAGAGUUUGAACACCCCGCGACCAUUGCUAACCCAAAGAUAAUUGUAUAUAAGGAAAUGGAGAAAUCCCCAAGAGUUGAAACAGAGAGCCUUGCUUUCCCUCCAGCCAGAGCACAAGCCAGCUCUCUCUUCAGCACACAGAGUAAAUAUGACAUUUCCCAGGUACCAGUUUCUUUACAGUAUGUCAAACCGGUUGCUGAUCGGGCAAAUCCCAGAAUAGGAAUUGGAAUGCUGGCAUUUAGUCCUGAUAACUGUUUCCUGGCAACCAAAAAUGAUAACAUUCCUAAUGCGAUCUGGAUCUGGGAUAUUCAAAAGCUGAAACUGUUUGUAGUCUUGGAGCAGUUGUAUGCUGUUCAGUUGUUCCAGUGGGAUCCACGUCAACCUCGACUUGCCAUAUGUACUGGGAAUAGCAAAGUGUACCUGUGGUCCCCAGCAGGGUGCGUGUCAGUGCAGGUACCAAUGGAAGGUGCCUUCCAGGUCCUCUCGCUUUGCUGGCAUUCUAGGGGGGACUCCUUGGCACUGUUGAGUAAGGAUAAUUUUUGCAUGUGCUACUUGGAAAGAGAAGAGGUAAAAAAGAGCAGAUAAUAGAACUGCCCCCCCCCCCAGGUUAGAAAAGUCUACCUUGCAAAUAGAUCUUUAAAAAAAUGCUACUAUAUCUAUAUGGAACAGAUAAGAACGGGCAGGCCCUCAUUGUUCAGCAGGAAGAGAUUUUAUACUAAUAGAAAAAUCUUAUGUUUGGGGGAGUGUAAGAAGACUCCCUUGGGUGAAGUACUGUGAUAGUUAAUUGAAAUGAAGUGUGUUCAACAAAGUAAUUUAGAAAGCUCUGACUUUGCAACUAAAAUUGUGGAAACUAAGUCUUGAUUUUAUGAAGUUUUAGGGUUCAAAGACUUAAACCUUAUUUUGAACUUUUGUCAAAAUAUUUUAAUAUUUGUAAAUAGUGUAUAGAAGUUGUUUAAUUUGUAUAAAUGUCAAUAAACGUUUUGAUAGCUUCUGCUAGUGUGGCUACAAACUAUCAACCCAGCACUAUCCUAAACAAGUGUAGAAUCCUCUCUAUUAAUAUUCUGAGCUGGAACUGAGGUUUGAAAUGUACAUAUCACUAUUGCUGUCACCCUGAUUUCAAGUGGACAGUGACCGACUACAUACCACUGUACAUCAAUCCCUAGUCCCCCAAGGACACAGGGUUCAAGAGAGAAUAAAAGGCAAUUUUCCCACUAUUUUCAUGGAGUAGUGUACAAAUUCAUAGACCAAUCUUUGCAUUUGGUCACUCAAUACAGUGAGUGCUCUCUUCUAUUAGAAUGAAAUGCAUAUAGUUGUUAGACCCUGAAUACUUGUAAGUUUUGAAUACAGAACAGUUACUGCAGUUCUGAAGAGUUAUUUUAUCAUUUUAGCCAUGAAUAAGUGUUGAAGUCAUCAAGUGCAACUGUGUGAGAAGCAGUUUGCUUUGCCAACUAAAAUGUUAAGCUGGCAUCAUAUCAGUGCCUGAACAGUGUUCCUCUAAAUUAUAGAUGAUUGUAUAGAAUACCAUUUGAAAAAAGGACGGGUGAGAUUCUUACCAUGACAGUCUCCUCCUCACUCUCACCUCCUUUAGUUGUGGGAAGAGACCAGCAGAGGGGAGAGGUUUCACAUAAGAUAUUUUUAAAGACACUUACUCCACAUUUCUGUGAUUAUCAAAUUGGAUGGACUGGAAGUAGUGUAAGAAUUCCAUAAUGACAGGGGAGAGGUGGUGAUCCAUCUUGAUCAGCACCAGAUGCUUCAAAGGAAGGUACAACAAAUGCCUCAAAUUGCUUACUACAGAUUUUUUUUCCUUAUCAGUUUGUGCUUGGUUUAUGACCUAACGCAUGAGGGUUUAUAUCCUUGCUUUAACAUCUAGUGUUCUACCAACUAAAAACCAGAACAAAGAUGGUUAAGUUUAUCUUUACUCCAAGAUUAACAAAAGCUAGACACUGAUGUCUUAGAGCCCAUAUUGAAAAGAACAUGAAGCUGGUUGCAUUCCAGAGCCACAUUCAAAAAACAUGUACAGUUUUUAAAGUUAAAAGGUAAAAAUAUUUUAACAUACCAAUUCCAUUGCUGCACAGCAUAUCACUAACAUGUUGAGAGGCAAAGAAAUGCUUCUGAUAAAAUUAUAGAUUAAGAUGGCCUGUAUAAAAUUCAUCGACAGUGAAAUUUAUCACAGUAAUCUCAUGCUAUAGUUCUGUUCAGUAUCUUUGUAUACUGCUGCAUUUACUUUCUACAAACUUAAAAGGAAGAUUACAUAAGACUGAAGUACAAUACUAUGACUAAAGCUUCCCCUCUCCCCAACAACUACAUGGCCACACAAAUUACAAAAACCUGACUUUUUGGUGCCAUUCUAAUCUGGUCCAUAUAUUAA